AAAAAAACCUAUUAAUUGGCUUGAUGAAAUCAAAUAAGCUUAAGACCCUGUUGCACUUUCUAAUCUAUACAUCAAAAAUUUAAAAGAAGGUAUUUAUAUAAAUUUAUCUUAAUGAACUAAGAAUACUUGAAUCACAAAACAAAUCAUUAAAAACUACUUUAGGGGUGUAUGAUUUUGAAGCCAAAAAAAGACCAUAAUCUUCUAUAGAAAAAAUGGCCAAUUCAUAAACCAAAAAAAUUGAAUUAGGGCAAAAACCAUCAGAUUAUGCAAAAUAUCCGUAAUACUAUAUUUAAUUAUUCAUAGAACUAACUAAAAAUUGAGUAAUUUAUUCGUUGAUGAAAGUGCAUUUGGUAGUUCAGCUGUCAGAAUUGAAUACAUAAGAGAGUUAGAAUUUUUAGUAGAUGCAUUAAAAAAAUAGAAUUCUGAACUUUAAGCAUAAAUCUAAAUUAAAAAACCUAAUCUCUAACAAUCUUCAUUUAUUGUAGUUCCCAAAAAAUAUGAAGGACAUGAUUGUUUGAAUGAUUAAAUUCUAGUUUAAAAAUCAACUUUAAGUAACACAAGUAAAAUUAAAACUGUCAAUCCUAUAAAUUCAUAAAAUAAACUAAAACCAGAUAAUUCUCUUAAAGAUAGGUAAUGUAUAUAUAUAUAUUUUAGAUAAAUUUAAAAUUUAAUUGAAGAAAAGAAACUAUUAGAAUAAGAGAUUUCAAUGUAUAAGGAAACAUCAAAAACUCGAUAAGCAAAACGAGAAGGAUUUGAUGCUGACAAAAUGGUUAAAAAAUUUGAUAAGAAUUCAAUAAUUUAUGGAGCAAAAUAGAAGUUCCUGACAUAGACAAAGCAUGAUGAAGAAAUUAAAGAGAAAUAUUUAUAGGCGUUAAUGCAAGAGACAUUUUUACUUUAAUAAUAAUUAUAGAGAAUAUAGGAGGAAAGCAAAUACUUUGAUCCCCAUAACAAAUCUGAAUAAUGAC